CGCUCGCCUCGUCUUCGAACCCUCCCUCGUUUCUCUCUCUCUCCUCUUCUUCCCCGACUCCACCCCAUUUGAGCCGCCGCAUCCGUCCGCCAUGGCCCAGCCCGCCUUCCUCUCCUCCCUCCGCUCCCGCCUCCGGUCCCCGCAGCCGCAGGCGCCGCUCCCUCACCUGCAGCCCCGCCGCGGCUUCCACGUCGAGCUCGGCGCUCGCGAGAAAGCGCUUUUGGAGGAGGACGUUGCUUUGAAGAGGUUUAAAUCAUACAAAAGCAGCGUGAAGCAGGUCUCGAAGACCGGGAAUGUUCUUACCGGUGUUGUUCUUUGUGCCUGUGCAUAUGAGAUCUAUAUGCGGGCAGUAAGCUCAUGAAUGGAAGUGCAGCCGUGUGAUAUUUCUCAAAAUCCACCACAAAGUGGUUCAUUAGCAUAAACUGGCGUUUUAUAAGCACUUAUUCUGCACCUCCUAUGUCGAUGGUACCAUGUAAAAUAAAACAAACUAGGUUAACCUUCUUUCACAAAAUCUUUGUGGUUUCUUUCUUGGCCUAGUGUUGCAUGUAAUCAAAGUGAUCCCAGGUAUUGCCAUGUGAUGAAUGACCAUCGCCUUUGUUUUCUUUUC